GACACUGCUGAUAUUUAGAGAGACAUCCAUACCAUAUCUCAGACAAAAAAGAAAGAGAUCGGAGCAAUUAAUAAUACUACCAAAACGAUGCAGCGACAUUACAGCUGAAGAAGAGGAAGGAGAGGACCCAAGAAGGCCAGCCAGGCAGGCAGGCCGCAGACCUACGACCGUCCCCCAGCCGGAGCUAGCCAUGGCGUCCGCCUCCUCCCGCCACGAACGGCAAGGCCGGGAGGAAGGAGACGAAGAAGAGGAGGAGCUCGAGGAGCACCAUAUCACCGCCCCGCUCCUCGUGGGCGCGCACGAGGCGUCGUCGUCGUCGUCGCCGCCGGAGCCUGAUGAGGAGGAGGAGGAGAACUCGCCGAUCGAGCAGGUGGCGCUGACGGUCCCCGUCGGCGACGACCCGGACACCCCCGUGCUCACCUUCCGGAUGUGGGUGCUCGGCACGGCGUCCUGCUUCGUGCUCUCCUUCCUCAACCAGUUCUUCUGGUACCGCAAGGAGCCGCUCACCAUCACCGCCAUCUCCGCCCAGAUCGCCGUCGUCCCGCUCGGCAGGCUCAUGGCGGCCACGCUCCCCGAGCGCGCCUUCUUCCGCGGCCGGCGGUGGGAGUUCACCCUCAACCCGGGGCCGUUCAACGUGAAGGAGCACGUGCUCAUCACCAUCUUCGCCAACGCCGGCGCGGGAACCGUGUACGCCAUCCACGUCGUCACCGCCGUCCGCGUCUUCUACGGCAAGCAGCUCACGUUCUUCGUCUCCCUCCUCGUCGUGCUCACCACGCAGGUGCUCGGCUUCGGGUGGGCGGGCAUAUUCCGGCGGUACCUCGUGGAGCCGGCGGCCAUGUGGUGGCCGUCCAACCUCGUGCAGGUCUCCCUCUUCAGGGCACUUCACGAGAAGGAAAGCCGAAGCAAAGGCGGCUUCACGCGCAGCCAGUUCUUCCUGGUGGCGUUCAUCUGCAGCUUCGUGUACUACAUCUUCCCAGGCUACCUGUUCCAGAUGCUCACUUCCCUCUCCUGGAUUUGCUGGGUGUUCCCCAACUCCGUGCUCGCCCAGCAGCUCGGCUCGGGUCUCUACGGCCUCGGCAUCGGUUCGAUCGGUCUCGACUGGGCAUCUGUUUCCUCCUACCUCGGGAGCCCUCUUGCCAGCCCCUGGUUCGCCACAGCAAACCUCGCUGCAGGCUUCUUCAUCAUCAUGUAUGUGAUCACACCCAUUGCAUACUGGUUUAAUUUCUACAAGGCGCAGAACUUCCCCAUCUUCUCCGAUGGGCUCUUCACUGAGGCUGGGCAAAAGUACAAUAUCACAAGCAUCAUAGACUCCCAGUUCCAUUUUGACACAAUGGCGUACGAGAAGAACGGUCCACUGUACCUCAGCACUUUCUUCGCUAUUACAUAUGGUGUCGGCUUCGCAUCCCUUACCGCGACAAUCGUUCAUGUCCUCCUCUUCCACGGAAGUGAAAUUUGGCAGUUAAGUAGGUCAGCUUUCAAAGAGAAGAGGGUGGAUGUACACACAAAACUUAUGAGGAGAUAUAAGCAGGUCCCUGAGUGGUGGUUCAUCUGCAUCCUUAUUGCUAACAUUGCCAUCACCGUAUUUGCUUGUGAAUACUACAUCGAGCAACUCCAGUUGCCCUGGUGGGGUGUAUUACUUGCAUGUGCCAUUGCCUUUUUCUUUACCCUCCCAAUUGGAAUUAUCACAGCAACUACAAACCAGACUCCGGGGUUGAACAUCAUCACAGAAUAUAUAAUGGGGUACUUGUAUCCUGGGCGGCCUGUCGCAAAUAUGUGCUUCAAGGUAUAUGGCUACAUCAGCAUGAGCCAAGCUCUGACAUUUUUGCAAGAUUUUAAGUUGGGCCACUACAUGAAGAUUCCACCAAGGACCAUGUUCAUGGCUCAGGUGGUCGGAACUCUGAUUGCAGCAUUUGUGUACCUUGGAACAGCAUGGUGGUUGAUGGACACAAUCCCCAACAUUUGCGACACUGAGCUCCUCCCAGCAGGCAGCCCUUGGACCUGCCCUGGUGAUCAUGUGUUCUAUGAUGCAUCAGUCAUUUGGGGUCUUAUUAGCCCACGCCGAAUAUUUGGGGACUUGGGAUCUUACUCGGCUGUAAACUGGUUCUUCUUGGGGGGAGCCAUUGCCCCACUCCUGGUCUGGUUUGCGCACAAGGCGUUCCCACGCCAGAGUUGGAUCUUACUUAUCAACAUGCCCAUAUUGAUUGGUAGCACUGGCCAGAUGCCACCCGCUACUGCAGUCAACUACAUCACAUGGAUAUUAGUUGGAUUUUUGUCAGGUUAUGUGGUCUAUAGAUAUCGACGAGACUGGUGGGAGCGACACAAUUAUCUGCUUUCAGGUGCACUAGAUGCUGGUUUGGCUUUCAUGGCCGUCCUAAUUUACUUAUGCCUGGGCUUGGAGAACAUCAAUUUGAAUUGGUGGGGCAAUGACUUGGAUGGAUGCCCCCUUGCCUCUUGCCCCACUGCUAAGGGUAUAGUUGUCGAGGGGUGCCCAGUGUACAAUUGAUCAUCUCCUCAUGUCUGGCAGUCCCUAUGUGGAAAACUGGAAAGAGUGUGCUGGGAUCAUUGUAAUUGAUAAAUGUUUAUUUUCAUACCAUUUCAGAGAUGAAAUUAGUGUUUUUCAA